GCGUCGCUCUCCGCUGAUUGGAAGGAGAGCCGUGGGGCUGUUGCCGGGAUGGCCGAGCGGGCGGAAAGGGUAGCUACCGCCCCCUGGAGCUUGGUGGGAUAAUGGCAAAUAGAAGUAUUGGAAGCGUCCCUGGAGGUGCUGUCCGGGUAUUACAGUCGCUCCGACCCAGAGAGGAUUUCAGGGGAGAGCAAUAGAGACGUGAUCUGGGCUAGAGGGGCCAGAGAUCGGUAGAUUGUGCGGCUAGAGAGGCCGGAGGUAAGUGGUUGUGGAAGUCGGGCGGACCCGGAAUCCAGAGGAAACGGGACCAUGACUUAUGCUUAUCUCUUCAAGUACAUCAUCAUCGGGGACACAGGUGUGGGGAAGUCAUGUCUCCUACUACAGUUUACGGACAAGCGGUUCCAGCCUGUCCACGACCUCACAAUAGGUGUGGAGUUUGGGGCCCGUAUGGUCAACAUUGAUGGAAAACAAAUCAAACUGCAAAUCUGGGAUACGGCUGGGCAAGAAUCCUUCCGCUCUAUCACCCGUUCCUACUACAGGGGAGCUGCUGGAGCACUGCUGGUGUACGAUAUCACAAGGCGUGAAACCUUCAACCACCUGACCUCCUGGUUAGAGGAUGCCCGGCAACACUCCAGCUCCAACAUGGUUAUCAUGCUGAUUGGGAAUAAGAGUGAUUUAGAGUCCCGUAGGGAUGUGAAGAGAGAGGAAGGCGAGGCCUUUGCCCGGGAGCAUGGACUUAUCUUUAUGGAAACGUCAGCCAAAACAGCCUGCAAUGUUGAAGAGGCCUUCAUUAACACAGCCAAAGAAAUAUAUAGGAAGAUCCAGCAGGGUUUAUUUGAUGUCCACAAUGAGGCAAAUGGCAUCAAGAUUGGUCCUCAGCAGUGUAUUUCAACAUCAGUAGGACCCAGCGCCUCCCAGCGGAACUCUAGUGAAAUAGGGUCCAACUCCGGCUGCUGCUGAAUAUCUGGCCUGGACUCUUUUUUUCCUUCCUGGAACAGCUUCAGAUCAAUAGGCUUAAAGAAAGAGGUCUUACUUGCUUUGGCUGAGAAAAGCCUCUUUUCAAGGUGUGAUGUUUUGCCUUUCCACUUAAAGACCAGGGAAGAAUUUGGGCCCUUAUUGACCUGUCCUCCUUCAGGGACGUGAGCAUUCCCUAUAGAUUAGGGCUCUUCUCAUCCUCCUAUUUUAAUUUCUAAAAUGUUAGGAUCAAAGUUGAUUGUCGUGGUAGCUCAAAAAUAAAUUCUUUUAUAAGCGUACACAAUUGGCUCCCCACCAAGAAUUAGUAACAACGGUCUAGGACAUUCUGCUUGAGCACUUGAUUUUACUGGGAUCUAGCUGGCUGGCCUUUGGAUGGUGGAUCUUAUAUCUAGGAAUUUCAUUGAUUGUUUUCACUUGCCAUUUUGUAAGAGUUCUUGCAGAAGGCAGUUCCUUCUACUUGAACUGCUCAAGGAUGCUGAAUAAUUUUCUGCCAUCCUAUUGCUAAUUUCUUUGUCUCAGAGUAACCAUAAAACUUUUGAGAGCAGUGGAGUUGCUCCUGGCCCUAUGGCUACUUAUCAUCAUUACCUAAAGAAAACUUCUUUCCCUGUUUGUUUUAGGGAUCAGACCUAACACUGCAGUGUCUUUCACCAAAUUAACCCCCUACUGUUUCACCAUACUUCUCAACGAGACCUAUUUAGACUUUCUACUCUAAUCAAGCUAAUCUGCUUACUGGACAUGACAUAUUUACUUCCACUUCUAUGCCUUUGCAUAUGCCCUACUCUCUGCUAACAUUAUUCUCAGUCCCCCAAUUUUUCCUUCAGAAAACCUUCUUUGACCUAGGAACUUCUAAAUAAUUAUUGACCCAGUACCCCUUAAGCUUUCAUAUGUUGUUUAUUCAUGUAUGUAUUUAUUUAUAUUUAUGUUACUUUGUAAAUUUGUUUUGUGCGUGGAAUCUGUCUCCCAUAUAGGCUGUAAGCUCCUUGAGACCAGGAACCAUGCUAUCCUUUACUUUUGUAGACCACUCCCUCCACUAUUCCUUCACAGUGCCUAGAGCUACUCAUUAUGUGAUCAUUGGACUUGACUGACAUACUUAAAGACUUGGAACAGGUUUAUUGUAGACUGCAGAGGAAACAAAAGGCCUUAGAGUCAUCUCUUUGUAACUGUCUCAGUCUCUUGCAUCUGCUUACCCUGGAUUCUAUAUUGCUCUUACCCCUUGCCCCUCUUUCCCUUCCCUGGCUCUUUGCCUCCAUUCCCUGCAGCAUACAGUAAGGCUGUCAGCUUCCAAGCAGUCAGAUAAGUGGGUACCUGUCCAAACAUUUUUCUUUUCAAGGGCAUAUACUACUAUGCUAAGCAAAUUUCCCUUUGCUUCACUCAUCAGGCAGCCUUCUGGGUCAGUUUUUGUGUCUUUUGCCUUGAUGUCCCGUUCUCUUCCACAGCAUUGAGGUCUCAUGAAUUUUUCUAAUUUUUUUGUUGUUGAUGAAUUGUUUCAUUAUUAAAUAUAUGCAUGUAUCCAA